AUGAAUGUAGUUAGUUAUGAUGUUUAUAAAACGUUUACAAACCCGGUCAUCCAAAAUCGUGCCCGAGAAACCCGUAAAUACUUUUACAGAUACGCGCUUUAUGCUUGGGGUGCGCCUCUCUUUAUUGUCUCUUUAUGUAUGUUCAUAGAUUUUACUACGGCCACUAGCAGCAACGACACAUCAGUCACUGAUGAGAAAACAAUUCACACAUGCUGGAUUACCCAACCAUUAGCUGCUCUAAUUGCGUUUGGGGCUAUCAUUCUCCUAAUCUUUUUCAUUAACUGUAUUUUCUUUGGUAAAACAAUCGCCUGUAUUAGCAAAACAGCUAAAAUGGCCAAGAAAAGCCUAGGUGUGAGAAACAGCAACUCGUCGGUUCAUAAACGAACGGAUACUUCAGAAGUCAUGCUGUAUGUGAGAAUGUCAACUGUCAUGGGGUUCACGUGGAUCUUCGGUCUCAGCUCGUCCAUUCUCAGCUCCAUUCUGUUCACCAUUCUCAACACUUCGCAGGGAUUUCUCAUUUUUAUUGCAUUUGUCUGUAACCGACGGGUGUUGGGACUUUACAUGGAUCUGUUUCACAAAGCCAAGUUACUUCUGGGACAUGGCAGACGAUCUGGUAUCUUUUCUGUCAGUUCAACCCUUUCUUCGUCACAGAACACUCAGCAGAGCAGAUGA